AUGGGUUCCAUUAUAUCGACGCUUAAAUCAACGGCAUCGGCCAUAUCAGCUGGUCUGAGGACUGUUCUGACGCUUCACAGGCAAUUCUCAUCUCUUCUUGAACGCGCGUCCUCAGAGCCUGGAUUUCCCGUGCCAGAGCCCACAAAGUCAUAUUGGCUCGACGACCCGCCAUUCCCAGCACUAUGCGACAUCCAAGAUGACAAGCUUCCCUCCGAAGUAGACGUCGUCGUCAUCGGCAGCGGCAUCACAGGCGCAGCUGUAACUAAAUCUCUGCUAGAGCUGUCCAACUCUGGUCUACGAGUUGUAGUCUGUGAAGCAAGACAGCUAUGCAGCGGUGCAACGGGUAGAAAUGGCGGACAUAUUAAGAGUGCGCCAUAUGAUGAAUUCGCCAUGUUGAAGUCAAAAUUGGGACAGGAGAAUGCGAGUCGGAUAGUGAGGUUUAAGAGAAGGCAUUUGGAGAUGAUGAAGCAGCUGGGCAAGGGGAUCGAAGUAGCUGAGGUUAGGGAGGUUGAGACGGUGGAUGUUUAUGUUGAGAGGGAGGAUUUUGAGAAGGCGAAGAAGCAGGUUAAAGAUGUUAGCGAGUGGAUUCCUGAGGAGAAGCAUCGGGUUUGGGAGGCGGAGGAGGCGAGAAAGGAGUUUGGUUUGAAUGAGCUUGCUGUGGGAGCUGUGACUUACACAGCUGGUGCACUCUGGCCAUAUCGUCUUGUCACCAGUGUGUGGAACGAUUUACUCGAGAGAUUCCCCGGGUUGAGUAUCAACACUCAUACACCCGUUGAAAAGGUAUCUCAUAACCCAAACGGAUCAUAUGCAGUUACAACACCUCGUGGAAUCAUCAAGGCGAAGCAUGUAAUUCACACAACGAACGCUCAUGCCGGACAACUCCUCCCUCCAGUAAGGGGCUGUGUCGUCGGUGCCAUCGCACACAUGAGCGCUCAACGACCAGGGUCUUCAUUCCCCCCAACCCAAGGAAACCGCUCAUGGUCUGUGAUUUACGGCCCAGGCUUCGACUACAUAACCCAACGCCCAGAUCGAGCAGAUGGAACAGCCGGUGAUCUAAUGGUAGGAGGCGGUUUCUUCCGCAGCAAGGACGACGGUCUGGAUCAAGUUGGU